AUGGAUCUGGAGGAGACCUACAAGGAGGAAGAGAAUACGGAGAGAAGACUUACUCGAGCUGAAGCUGCAAAGUUGGUGAAAAAGGCUUUUCUUGAAGCCCUGAAGUGCAAUGACUUUGAAACACUAGAAGAGCUCUUGAGCCAAAAGAAAAUAGACGUGGACACAGUGUUUGAAGUGGAAGAUGAAAACCUGAUUCUGGCAUCCUACAAACAAGGGUACUGGCUGCCUAGCUACAAACUGAAAAUAUCUUGGGCAACUGGACUUCAUCUAGCUGUCAUGUAUGGACAUCUGGAGAGUCUUUUGGUUCUCCUCAAUCACAAAGCUACAAUCAACUGCCGGCCUAAUGGAAAAGCUGCAAUCCACAUAGCAUGUGAAAUGGCAAAUGUUGAGUGUCUCAAGAUCCUUUGCAACCAUGGAGCUAAGCUGAACUGCUUUUCAAUGAGUGGGCUGGCACCCUUGCACUUCUGUACAACACGAACAUCCAUGCCCUGUGCCCAGCAGCUCAUUUUGAGAGGAGCAAAUGUGAACAUAAAAACAAACAACCAAGAUGAGGAGACUCCUCUACACAUUGUUGCACGUUUGGGUGUCCCAGAGCUUGUGGCCUUUUACAUGGAACAAGGAGCACAAAUUGAUUCUCUUAAUGCCUACAUGGAGACUCCCCUGGCCUGUGCCGCCUAUUGGGCCCUUCACUAUAAAGAUCAGAUAUACAGCCCGGAUCAUCACCUAAUCUGUCGGAUGCUUUUAGACUAUAAAGCUGAAGUGAACACUCGUGAUGAGGAUUUCAAAUCACCACUCCACAAAGCUGCCUGGAACUGUGAUCAUGUCCUGCUGCAUAUGCUACUGGAGGCAGGAGCAGAAGCAAACAUCAUGGAUGUCAAUGGCUGUGCACCCCUACAGUAUAUCAUAAAAGUGACAUCUGUGCGGCCAGCUGCCCAGCCUGACAUCUGCUACCAGCUGCUACUGAACCAUGGCGCAGCUAGGAUAUAUCCUCUGCAAUUCCACAAGGUGCUACAAGCCUGUCAUUCCCACCCCAGAGCUGUGGAGGUUGUUGUCAAUACCUACGAGCAUAUCAAAUCAACAUCGAAGUGGAAAGCAGCCAUACCUGAUGACGUCUUUGAGCGGCACAAGGAUUUCUAUGAUUCUCUGUUCACUGUGUGCAGCAACUCACCACGGUCACUCAUGCAUUUAUGCAGAUGUGCUAUUCGGGCAAUACUGUCAGAAAGGUGCCACAGAAGCGUUCCUUUGCUCUCCAUCCCCCUGUCCAUGAAGAAAUACUUGCUGCUGGAACCAGAAGGAAUCAUCUACUGAGCUGCAGCAGAAUGGGCACUGGCAUCUCCCUUAUUGGAUCCAUGUGCUUCUUUGGAGUGCUGGAGACCCAGGCACAAACCUGACUUUUGACAACCCUUCACUUUUGACAGUUGCAGGCCAGCCUGAAGCUGGGCUGGGGUUUACAGGCUCUCCUUGGAGCUGCUCUUUCCCAGCACUGAGGAAUUGCAGCUGCAGGAUGGUGGUUGUGCUGGGGAAGGCCCCUGCUCCAAACUAAAACAGAGACACAUACUUCCAUGCUUUAUUCAUCCUGGCUUAAAUGUUGCUGCUGCUUCCUUUGGUAUUUGUUCCACUGCCUGCUAGAUAGCAUUAGAUUCAAUCUGCACAACCUCUGAUACUGUUUCACCAUAAUUAGAAAGAGUAUUGUCAAAACAUAGAGCAUUUAUUACAGUAAUGGAAAUGCUUCCCCAGAAAGACAUGGGCAAACUGCUUUGAAUCAUGACCACAGACAGGAUUUCAGUAAUUUCCAUAUUUUCCUGUGGAUUGACUCUCAACUCAAUGUUAGUUCACUGUUCAUUUCACCUGUCUGUAUCUUAUAAAGCUUUGUCAUAAUAACACCCUUUUUAAUGGUAAGAAUUUUUUCCAUUAUCAAUCUUAGUAUGUGAAUAGAACUGAAAUCUGCAGCACUGAAAUUUCUGUAUGUUGAUAUUCAUGCUUGGGUAGCUUUUAGCAGAUGCUGUCUGUUUCUGCUCUCACUGUGACGGAUUAUAAAUUCAUAUCCUGGUGUCAAGAAACAUAGGUAGAAUGGACUUGCUCCUGCAAUCUUCACAGUAUCCAUAUAUCCCUCAGGAUGGUGUUGGACUGGAUUUGGGAAGAACAUGGACCUUCUCUUCAGUGAUUUUAAAAGGAAUCUAGCCUGCUAACAUGGACUAUACACCUCAUUUUUGGGUAGCUAAGUGCAGGUGAGAGGAAUACCAGCUUAAUUGGAAGGUGUUAACAAGAUGCAGAUGUGUUGGCAGUGCUGUGACAGACCUGCCUGUCCCCCUCAUUUGCAGCCCUGAAGGCUUUUGGACCUGCCAGUGCUGGUUUCUCUGCUCAGCAGGAAAAUGCUCUCAACCAAGCUACUGUCUCCAUUCCAGGAGGAUGAAAUACUGGGCAGUGGCAGUUCACACACCAAGUAUCCCAUAUCAAAGGCAAGUGUGUGAUCUGACCUACAGAUAAACCCCAUUCUUCUUCCUUCUUUUAGCCUGAUACAAUCAUUCUGGGCUGUUCCACUUUUUUUAGACCCUGACAAUUCAGGGCUCUGUUAAAAGGGAGGUGAGCCAUGGCCAC